AUGAUAAGGAGAAUGGAAUACGAUGACGCCUCGGAUAGUAGUAGUAACGAGUGCUCAGAAGCCUUCAUCAUUGAUUGCGAGAGCUGCGAUUCUUCCGUUUCCAGCAUCUCUAUGUACGAUUUGGAUGACUUAUCUUCGUCAUCUGAGGAAGAAGAUGACCAUAAGGAGGGCAUUAGGAAUCGCAACAAAACCGAGAAGAAGAAUCCAUGUGUUGACUUGGGUCUUACUCAUAUGAAUUAUGAUCACCAACGAAGGACUCGAAAAACGAAGCCGGAGAAACGAAAUACCGUGGAGAGUAACACUGGUGAAAGUAAUGCUGAGAGUAACACUGCCGUUGCCUACGAGUUGCGUCCACGAAAACGACGUAGCGGUACGAGAAGAGGAGGGCGACGAUCUGACUCCAAAGAACCAUCUCAGAACAAUGCAUCAAUUCGAUCACAUUCGUCUAUAGACAAGGAGAAAAUGUUGCCAGAAGAAGAUAGACCUUCUCAUGAAAAGCGACCUUCGAUGAGCGAAAUGAUUAUGCGGGACAUGGUCUCAUCUUUGGACAAGGGGAUGUUGCAAGAUGAGCCUGCGCAAGAAAAGCGACCAUCGAUGAGCGAAAUGGUCAUGCAGGACAUGAUUUCCCGAGGUCUCUUCGACGAUGAAGACGAGGAAUCUUCGGAGGACGAGGAUGACUCAGUCGAAUCCGAUCAUGACGAAGUUGUUACAGCUGCUGUUGAUGAUGACAGCGACUGCUGGAGUGAAUCCCUUCGCGCUGAUCUCAAGUCUCCCAAGUCUCAGCAUACCACGAAGAAACUAGCAUCAUCAGUACUACCGUCAUCUACUGUUGGUGUGACAUGGCCAAAUCUUCGCCGCAGUAUGACACCCGAACAGCGACAACUCGGAAUCAGUGACCACGGGACGAUCCAUGAUAUGGAUUCGGACGGUGAUUCGUCUAUGGACAACACAAUGUACAGCGGUGGUUCUUCCAGCACCUCCCUGGAAUACGACUCUGGAAGAGAGUCGUCCAAAUCCUCGGCAGAGUCGGAAUCGGAAUCGUCCUUUGAGCAGGAAUCUCUCACCAACCAUAGCUUAUCGAGCCGAAUAGCAUCCAUGAUACUGCUAUCUCCCAUUCGGCGAUCUCAGAGUUCGCACGGUCAAUCUCUUCCAGAGACGCUACAGCAACUUGAGAAUAACGAGGAAGUACCAGCUCUUGAAGAAUCUCCAUCCAGCAGCCACUCGAGCAUCAUCCAAUCUACAUCGAAUCGUCGCGAUUCGUAUCGUUCCGUAUCCUCCGCAGAGGUCACGGCCAAACGAAACCAAGUCCAAAACAAGUUGGAGCAGUUGGACGCCCACAUGCUCAAGGUGUUUGGAAAACAGUCGGCUCCAGAACUUUCCGAGACGACCCGGAACAUGAUACGUGAUCAUUUGACCGGCAGUUCCAACCAAUAUACCAAGACAAAGGAUAUCAUCAUGACGGCAGCAAAUGGAUACCGCAUUUCAAACAAGAGUAUCAGGAGAGAGAGCCAACUCUAUCACAUUGGUACCAGUCACAGUGCCACCAGUCUAAGCUUCCAAGCAAGCUCCAGACACCAAGACACCAUGCUAAACCAUUUACUACAAAACACUAGCAGCAAAAGUACCUCGGAUCUAUCGUCAUUGGAAGCUAAGCGAUCCAAUGCCGAAUUGAGCCGACGAAAACUACGAGAAGCCUUUCAUACUCGUCUGAGUUUUACUGGCUAG